AUGGAGUGUGGACUCGAGGCCACGUCUCGGCCUCAUUUCACCUUCGGGACGAGCUCCCUGGGGCUCCGAGGCCAGAAAGCCUUCGCAUUGUGCACAGCCCCCCUCCUCCGCCUGCAACGCCACCCAUUUCCCUACAGCCAAGAGAACAUCCUGGCAGCCAAGCCCCGGACUUUUACCCAUAUGUCCAUCAAGCCCUUCCGGGACAGCUUGUCGCCCGAGCCCCCCUGGACCCUAGCACCGCCCGCCCCGCCGGUGCUUGAAGUAGGCUCCUUCAGCCUCCCCGACGGCGCGGGCGCCCACUCCGCCUUCAGCAACCCCAUCCGCUUCCCGCUGGGCUUCACCUGGCCGGGCACCUUCUCUCUGAUCAUCGAAGCUCUGCACACAGAUUCUCCCGACGACCUCGCCACAGAAAACCCCGAGCGGCUCAUCAGCCGGCUGGCCACACAGAGGCACCUGACGGUGGGUGAGGAGUGGUCCCAGGACCUGCACAGCAGCGGCCGUGCUGACCUCAAGUACUCCUAUCGCUUCGUGUGCGACGAGCACUACUACGGGGAGGGCUGCUCAGUCUUCUGCCGCCCCCGGGAUGAUGCCUUCGGCCACUUCACCUGUGGGGAGCGGGGCGAGAAGGUGUGCAACCCUGGCUGGAGGGGCCAGUACUGCACCGAAGCAAUCUGCCUGCCCGGAUGCGAUGAGCAGCACGGGUUUUGUGACAAGCCAGGGGAAUGCAAGUGCCGAGUGGGCUGGCAGGGCCGCUACUGUGACCAGUGCAUUCGGUACCCGGGCUGUCUCCAUGGCACCUGCCAGCAGCCCUGGCAGUGCACCUGCCAGGAGGGCUGGGGGGGACUCUUCUGCAAUCAGGACCUCAACUACUGCACACACCACAAGCCCUGCAGGAACGGGGCCACCUGCACCAACACGGGCCAGGGGAGCUACACCUGCUCCUGCCGGCCUGGGUACACCGGGGCCACCUGCGAGGACGAGGUGGACGAGUGCGGGCCCAGCCCCUGCAGGAAUGGGGGCAGCUGCACGGAUCUCGAGAACGGCUUCUCCUGCACCUGUGCACCCGGCUUCUACGGCAGCGUCUGCGAGCUGAGCGCCAUGGCCUGUGCGGACGGGCCUUGCUUCAAUGGGGGGCGCUGCUCCGACAACCCUGAGGGAGGCUACACCUGCCACUGCCCCGCAGGCUUUUCCGGCUUCAACUGCGAGAAGAAGGUGGACGCCUGCAGUUCCUCGCCCUGUGCCAAUGGUGCGCAGUGUGUGGACCUGGGCGACGCCUACAUGUGCCGCUGCCGGGCCGGUUUCUCGGGGCGGCACUGCCAGGACAACGUGGACGACUGCGCCUCCUCCCCGUGUGCCCACGGCGGCACCUGCCGGGACGGUGUGAACGAGUUCUCUUGCACCUGCCCGCCCGGCUACAGCGGCAGGAACUGCAGCACGCCCAUCAGCCGGUGCGAGCACGCGCCCUGCCACAACGGCGCCACCUGCCACGAGAGGGCCCGCCGCUACCUGUGCGAGUGCGCCCGGGGCUACGGGGGCCCCAACUGCCAGUUCCUGCUCCCUGAGCCGCCGCCCCCGGCCCCCGAGGAGUACAUGGAGGCCGGGCCCUUCCCCUGGGUAGCCGUCUGCGCGGGCGCGAUCCUGGUGCUCGUGCUGCUGCUGGGCUGUGCGGCCGCAGGGGUCUGCGUGCGGCUGAGGCUGCAGAAGGGCCCGCCCCUGGCCGACCCCUGCCACGGGGAGACGGAGACCAUGAACAAUCUGGCCAGCUGCCAGCGGGAGAAGGACGUGUCCGUCAGCAUCAUCGGGGCCACGCAGAUCAAGAACACCAACAAGAAGGUGGACUUCCACGGGGACCACGGCAGCGGCAAGAACGGCCCCAAGGCCCGCUACCCCGGCGUGGACUAUAACCUGGUGCCCGAGCCCAAGGGCGAGGAUGCCGCCUCCAGGGACCCCCACAGCAAGCGUGAUGCCAAGUGCCAGCUGCAGGGCUCUCCUGGGGAGGAGAAGAGCACCCCGACACUCAGGGGUAGGGAUGCAUCUGAAAGGAAAAGGCGGGACUCUGUGUACUCUACUUCAAAAGACACCAAGUACCAGUCGGUGUUCGUCAUAUCGGAGAAGGACGAGUGUGUCAUAGCCACUGAGAAUUCCAAGGAUCUAUGCCCCAACGGAUGCUGCUGAGAGGGAAAAGGAGGCCUUCGCGACGGCGGUGGGACGAGGCCCCAGAGGUCAGCCAGCGGGGGGCUGCAGGCUCGGGCUGCUCCAGGACGCCUGUUGCACUCUGCUUUUCGCGACGUCUCCAUUGCACUAUGGACAGUUGCUUCUAAGAAAUAUAUAUUUAAAUGAGUGGAUUAAUGACGACAUGAGACGCAUGCACUGCCCGGAGUGUAUAUUUUGGAUUCUUAUGAGCCAGUCUUUCUUGAAUUAGAACCACAAACACUGCCUUUAUCGUCCUUUUUGAUACUAAAAUGUGUUUUUUUUUUCUAGGUGGGAAAAGAUGUGUGUUAUUUUUUGGACUUGUAAAAAUAUUUUUCAUGAUAUCUGUAAAGCUUGAGUAUUUUGUGAUGUUCAUUUUUUUAUAAUUUAAAUUUUUGGUAAAUAUGUACAAAGGCACUUCGGGUCUAUGUGACUAUAUUUUUUGUAUAUAAAUGUAUUUAUGGAAUAUUGUGCAAAUGUUAUUUGAGUUUUUUACUGUUUUGUUAAUGAAGAAAUUCCUUUUUAAAAUAUUUUUCCAAAAUAAAUAUUAUGAAUGGCG